CCAACAAAGGCAGCCCCGCGUAGGAGACGAGUCCAGGUCGUGGGCAACGCAAAAUCUCUCCGCUUUUGCGUUUAUAUCAACUCUCUCUGCCCCCUAUGUCGACCAUGUCACCUGAAUCGGUCGAUUCGAUUCCGUUCACAUUCGCUUCUAUCGGUUCGAUACUCGAUUCGCCUAGGAAUCUCCAACCAUGUCUUCGGAAGAGGGACGGCCAUUGCCAAAAUUUGGGGAGUGGGACGUGAAUGAUCCGGCCUCAGCUGCUGGAUUCACUGUCAUAUUCAACAAAGCUAGAGAAGAGAAGAAGGCGGGAGGACCAGCCGAGAGCGUGAUGUCGCAGAGGAAGCACGAAGGUUCCCGUACAGAAAAAGAUAAACACAAAUACUCCAUUAAGAGGAAGUGGUUUUGCUGCAGUUGAAUCGGACUUUUUGCAAAGGCUGAGGUUAGCCAACAAUAAGGAUACAGUAUAAGCACGUUGUAGGUGACUGGCUAUAAGUAGUCAUUCAUCUCAAACUAAGUGAUGAUUGGUUAACAGUAGUUUUCUCUCUACAGCUUUUUUCUUUCUUCUUUCAGUUAUAUCUUUUAGUGAGGAGACACAUGUACAGUACGGACUGGUGUCGGAUAUACUUAAUGAUAAUCAAGUAGAGCAUAUUUGUGGAAA